CCGUGAACAUAGAUUAUUAAAAAAAACGGGAUAUCUUCGAAUGAUUGACUUGGAAAUCAUUAAGAAAGAAUCUUAUAGAAUACAGAAAGAUACAUAGUGCAUUGCGCAGACUGUUAAAUAAACUUGUGUCAGAAGUUCGCAUCCUUAUUAAAUUAGUGUACUAUUUUGUUUAGUAAAAUAAUCAGAUGAUAUAUCAAUGCGAUCGUCCGUGAGCUACAUCCUGUCUCAUGCGCCUGGAGAGACGGUGAUGUCGCAUCCGGACUACACGCAGCAAGCCCAGCACCAUGCGUGCCUGCUGGUGCUGGUUAAAGGCAUAGGCGGCAUGCUUAAAAAUUUCAACAAGCUCUGGGAACGUAUACAACGAGUUAACAACAUCAAAGUAACUGACUCAUCUGGACAAGUGAGAGAUAUAUGGGUGAGAUAUGUUAGAGACUAUCCUGUUGAGAAUAAUGACUGGGGAGAUUUCCAAACACAUAGGAGACUCCUUGGGUUAAUAACUUUAAGCAAGUUCCAAAACCAAGUAGAGCUUAAUGAAGUAUGUCGUGUCCACGAAUCAUUGAAAGUAAAGUAUUCAAACACCUUGUAUGACUCCCGAGCAUUCAUGUUUGGGCCUAACAGUAAUAUGAAGAAACCUGAGCAGGAGCCUGAGUCUUAUAACAUUUUUGAAGAUGAUAAGUGCACGGCGGGUCAUAGUAUCAGUGACAAUGAACCACAAGACAGUCUUACAUCAUCAGACAGCUUCCCACAAUCCUCAACAUCUACUCAGGAAGAUAACUUCACCAUUCCAUCAAACUUCAAAACACAUGCCAUGUUCUAUGGCGAGAAUGACCCGGUGACUGAUUUGGAACAGAAUGUGGCUGAAUUAAUCAACGCUCUGUUUUGGGUAGUUGAGUCUAAAAGACUAGAGAGAUCUAGAGAAAAAGUGGAAAAAGUUACUUUGCUGUUAGCACCAUUUGAAAAGAAAGAUUUUGUUGGCCUUGAUAUGGAAUCUCGCAACAACAAGAAGCGAUGCAUGGGUCGCGUUACUAAAAAUCUGGCGGACUUAACACUUCAAGCAGGAUUAGUGGCAGAGAGUCUCAGCAUGUACCAUUCAGCUGCUGAGAUUUUAAAGUCCGUCAAUGAUUGGUUAUGGCUCGCGGCUGCUAAAGAAGGGCUCUGUGCAGCAUCAGCAAUACUUUUAUAUCCAAAUCUACGUUGCUCGACGCCGCUACAGAGAAACGCUAGUCUACAAGAGAGCUCUCCAAGCAAAACAAAGCCAUUAUCUCUAUUCAAUCCUAACACCAACACUGAUCCAUUUAAAAAGUUCAAAGUGACUUCAUCCCCCCUUAGGUCUUCUAAAACUUCCAGUCCUGUAAAUCAGCCCAGUGAACUAACGCCAUCUUCAUCUGAAAGCCUAGAAACUUCUUCCAGGCAAUCCGAGACUGACAAUGCUGACUCGGAAUCUUUAGCCUCUUCAAGCGAUAUUGAAUAUCAAGGUCCGAAAUCCUACUUAGGUCCAGACCUCCCUUCAAUUCCUAGACAACCUCCUUCUCAAAUUAAUAACCAGUAUUUGUUAAAUGGGGAAGAAAUAGCCGAAAAGUAUCGAAAAGCUAUUAUUCAUUACAGUAAAUACCAGAAUGCUGGUAUAGUAGAGACUGAAGCUUGUUUUAAAGCAGCUAGAAUUGCUAUUGAGCAGAAUAAUAGUUUACACGCGUCUAGUUUUCUACAGAAUGUUAUAUUUAUCAAUUUGACGCUUAGCGAGCAAGAGAAGAUUCAGAGGUUUGACACACUUGCUGAUCUUUACAAGGAAAUAGGCUUUCUCCGCAAAUCAGCGUUCUGCCAACGCCUCGCGGCCACCCGUCAAGUGAGCCCCAGCAAUCCGAACCCCGACUGGCAGCGUUGUUAUUAUCUCAUGCUGCAUAGCUUCCCGGGGCAUAAACUUAGCUUGGAUCCAAAUUACGUAAUCCAGCAUCAAGUCGGUUGGCCCGCGCUUCAAAUCCAGCUGCUACAAGAGCUAGUAGUAGCAGCGCGGCGGAUGGGUCACCCUGCGCUUGCCACGCGUCACAUGACGUUUCUCCUUCAGACCAUGUGGCCGCAUCUUACCAAGCAAGAGCAUAGGGAUCUCGCUAUACAAUUACAGGGUCUCUCAGCUCAAUGCGAGGGAGGUCCCGUACCUUUAGUCUUAGAAACGGGCGAAGUAAUACCACCCGCGAACUUAACACACGUGCCGCACUGUUCGUGGUUCACCCCCCGCCCCCUCGCGCCGGCACGCACACCUCAUCUCAUCAAGUGCAAAGCGCAAACUGGGCCUUUUAUAUUUACGCCUAUACAUUUUGGCAGCCUUGAGAGGAAGGCGAAGAAAGAUGAAGGGAAAAUGGAAUACCUGUGGGUUGAAGACGAUAUUUGCGAAGUGCAAUUGAAAUUAACAAAUCCCUUACCUUUCGAGCUGAAAGUGUCGAACAUGAGACUACUCACAUCAGGUGUUGUAUUUGAAUCCAUUCCGGAGACUAUAGUACUGGCACCAGAUUCACCCACUACUGUGAAUCUUCAUGGAACGCCAAAAGAAAUAGGAGAAUUGCAGAUUCUCGGCUACUCAACCCACACUCUUGGCGUUAAAUCGAAUUGUCGUCUCAAAAACAUGCCUACACCUAACAAAUUCCCGGCUUCUUUCUCUAUAGAGGUCAUACCAAGUUUGCCUACAAUAACCAUUGAGACCACAGUUACAUCUUCUGGGGGUAACAGUCUAUCGAGUAUGGAGAAUAUAGGCAGUAACACUAAUAUAUCAUUAUAUAAUGGGGAAAGUCAGGAAUGUACUAUGAAGAUUACCAAUACUAGUGCUGUGCCUAUUGAAUAUCUUGAACUUUCUAUACAGUCAAAUAUGGACAAUCAACUUCAAUCUAAAGUAUUCCAAUGGUCCAAUGAAGAUAUACAAACACAACUGCCGAUUGCACCAAAUGACACCGCCACUAUAGUCAUGAAACUAUACGGAGAAGCAGAUUUCCUUGACCUUGGCGGUGUUGGUGGAGAGAACUUAUUCCCUAACAGUCUAAAUUCAAAUUAUCCCUCAAGAGUAGGUUCACCAGUCCCCAACGCGCAGACCUCACUGCCUACGCAAAGUUCGAAUCAACACACAUCUUUAAAUAGCGGUUUGAUGCCUAAUAGAAAUCUUUCUGGGAGUUUUAGAUCAACGAAUUCUCAUGCAACGAAUUGGUCGGCACCUAUCUCUGUAUUGCCCCCUUCGAGAGGUCGUCAAGUAGAAACUCAGGUGAUCAUAAGAUAUUCAGGCGGAGGUGGCAAAGAAAUGCAUUGUAGACAAUCGACUCUGCAGAUCAAUUUGGAACUCCUACCAAAUGUAUCUAUUACCCACUGGGAUGUGCUACCGGCUGAAAUCCCAACACAGCUCUACCUAGUACUAGACGUGACGAAUCUAACUAACGAAGAAAUGGACUUUGAAUAUGCGUCGGGCAAACACAUCUUAAUUGAAAGCAAGGAAUCGUGCCGUGUGCCUGUGCCGUUAGAUAGGUGCCCUUUUAACGCACCACCAACAAGAUUGAAAGAUGAUGACUCAAUCGACGUCCGUUCGACAAGCACGGGCGCGUUAAGUAACAGUCUAGAGCUGAUGUGUUCCGAACACAUUACUAAUAACGUGGAUCUGAAAUGGCACCUCAUGCAAUCUGACAUCCGUGGUAGAGCAUCUGUUAAAGGCAUCACAUUGUCACAGGCCAUGAUGGAUAUUGUUAGGAUGUCGCCUUUGAAUUGGGAAGUAAGCGUAAACAAGCAAUGCAUCAAACCGCAAGAGGAGUACAACUGUUCGGCUGGCGAGUGCCUGUCCUUAGGCGUGAUUGUUGCCAACCACUUAACACAGCCACUGCAUAAGCUUUGCCUUUCUGUGCAAUUCUAUCAAGAUUAUAACAAUGGAGUUUUGAAUUACAAGCUGGAUAAUAGAGUUGCUACUGCGGGGAACAAUAAAGUGGUGCUAACUUCUCUACCAGAGUCAGCGAAAGUGUAUCACGAAUGUACAGUUGUAUUCCUAACGCCCGGCGAGUAUAAAAUCGACAUUCAAUGUUCAACAACAGAACCAGUGUUAGAAGAUACGUCGCUAAGAGAUACUGAGCAUCCGUCCAUUAUAGAGCCUUGUUCAGGAGAAGUCAGUCAUGUUUGGAGAUUUAUACCACCUGUUGCUAUCAGCGUUACUGAUUGAUUUUGAUAUUUGGUGCGGACAUGUAAGUGGUUAAGAAGGAGUGAGCAGUAGUCCGUAAUAAUAAAAUCAAUAAAGAAAUGAUAGCACUUAGAGUGGUUACACACGGCGACUUUUAGCAGCGAUAUAGACGUGCGAUUGCAUCACGACACUGGCAAUUUAUAGGCGGUUACAUCGAUGCAAUCGCUUAUGUUGAAUCAUCAAAAACGUGCAUCACGAUUGUAUCGCGUGUGUGGAAAGGUAGACGAUUAGAGACUGCAUCGCAACUGAAUUGUUGCAGUCGCGCUACUAAGUCACCGUAUGUUACCGCUCUUACUUGGGGUAAAUCUUAUAACAAACUUGUCAUAGUUUAUAAAGGUGUUUUUGUUAAGGUUUCUUGUUUAUCUCAUACUCGACUUCUAGUCCCAUGUUGGCUUGCAGGGGUACGAAUUAUAUUGCUCAAUUCGCAAUUUUGCUGUUUCUGGUGCCAUUUGUUAAACACGACCUACUUCUAUUUACUGCCAAUAAGUUGAUACUGUUACUGUAUUACUGUUGAAAAUCUGUAAUCGAAGGACUACUUUAUUUCAAAAUAUUGACCACAGAAUAUCAAACUAUUUAUCAAAGCUUAUACCUAAAUAAUUUAAUAGGCUAAUAUUAUGUAUUGAAUUAUUUAUUCGUUGGGCAGGCAACUAAAAUAAAUAUUUGUGUAAUUAAUUAUUUUAACGUGAGAAAUGUAUA